AUGGAUGCCAGCUCUGGUGCGGGCAUCUUCAGCACUAAACCAGUUCCUUGGUUAAAAGAAUAUUUAAAACAAAACGGCAUUCAAAGCUCGGGAAAGCGCAAGAAUGAACUAGUAGAACUUUGUGUAAAAAGUGAGGGGAUAAAAGUCCCGAAAAUCUCAGAAGAAGAAGAGCCAGUCGAUCCAGCAAUUUCAAUGAAAGAGCAACUGAAAACUAACAAUGAAGGGUACUCGGCCAAUUCGUUGAACAAAGAAAAUCAGGCUUUUGGUAAAUGGACCCACAAUUUUUCGGAAGUACCAGACUUUAGAUUUCCUGAUCUUUUUAAUUAUCUAGUGGGAAAGGAUCCCGGGUAUAACGCCGAAAGCCUAAAAAGUUACAAAUCUCUUCUGGGAUACAAGCUGUACUUCGAUGGACACGUAGAAGACCUUUGUUACCAUCCGCCACAAUCUAGUGCCAGCGGUUACAGUUAUUUUCUGUUUGCUGUAAAGCCAACUGAAAGGUCCAAGGCUGACGAUGGGUCAGCAACAUAUAAGGGUUUUUUUAUUUUAAAGGAUGGAAGCGUGCAUUCAGCCUACUGCCCAUGCAAAGGAGGGAAAGCAACUGUCUAAGAAGGCAGUAAAAUCUACCCGUGCCAUUGCCAGUGUUCAGAUCCAUGUAGAACGUGCCAUUGGACGACUUAAGGACUUUAGAAUUCUACAAGGGAACUUUCUUGUUCCAAUGCUGCCCAUUGCUGACAACAUUUUUAGUGUGUGUGCUGCUCUGUGCAAUUUGCUACCACCCCUGGCUAAAUAACUACUGCUGCCUUGUGAGCUGAGAAGCACAAUAAGUUUGUAACUUUGAACAAUUACCAGUCAGUUUAUGUUAAUGGUUAAUAACACAUAUCAAAAAUCUUCUUUAGACCCACUGAGGAAUUAUCCAGCAUUGAGCAUCAGCAUUCACCACCAAUGAUAGUCCCUUAUAAUGAUUUAAGUAUGUCAUGGUGAAAGAGUUCCUGAACUAUGUACUUUAAGAAAAAGUUUCUCAGCUUCUCAAGCAUUUCGUUCCACAACUCACUGUCAAACUUGACAUUAACAAUCAAUGUUAAGGUAUAAAUAACUAGAUCACAGCAAUGAAUCCCUGUUAUUCCCAUCAGACCCUGAAUUUGAUAGUUCCAUUUUGUUUCUUUUUUUAGUAUAUAUUUGUCACCAACAAACACGAGCUUCUCCUCAGCUGCAACCUGUGGAGGGAGAUUUCUUUUUGCAUACAUGCUCUUAAUUUCAAUUAACUUCUUCUGACAGCACUCACAAAUCCUGACACCAUCAGGACUGGCUCCCAAGAAGGGCCAUAGUGUGUUUACUAUUAGUCCACCGUUUUUUAUUGACAACUUCUCAUGGUUUCUCUUUUGUUUUUUAAUGUAGAGAUCAAGUGCUUUCUUUUCCUUUUCAUGACCCCAUGUUAACUGUUUUGGCAUUGCAUCUUCAGCAAUUGGACAGUAAUUCAUAAGAUGCUUCACAGUGUUUCUCUUGUCUGUGCUCUCUCUGAGGUGGCACACGAUGUAAAAUGAGGAAGCUGUAAUUCUUCCUGCCCUUUGAUCAAACCAAAAUUGGGACUGGGAUUGAUUGACAGUCUUUUUGUUGAUCAUUUCUGCUUGCUCUUCAUUAAAUGAAAUAAACUCAAGGAACUCAGUUGCAAGUUCUGUAGAGACUGUAGGUGUCACUUUUUCAAUAUUAACAGAAACAAACACUUUAGCGUAAUCACUCAUUGAAUAAACAUCAACACUUUGAA